AUGUUAGCCUGGGCUCUUUUGUCCGUGAUAUUUUGUAUGAAAUCAUUCGAGUUGUAUGGAUACACGGAUAGUUCAUUGGUGACAUGUAUAUUGACAGUGGUUUAUUUAGCUAAAUUCUUUUGGUGGGAAUCGGGUUAUAUGAAAACAAUGGAUAUUAUUGUAGAUCGGGCCGGAUUUUAUCUUUGUUGGGGAUGUCUUGUCUGGGUUCCAGCCUUAUACACUCUACCAUCCUACUUUUUGGUCUCUCAUCCUCAACAACUUGGUUUAAAUUUAACAUUAUUCGUCCUACUAAUUGGUUUUCUUUCAGUUUAUGUAAACUACGAUGCUGAUCAUCAAAAAUUACAUGUUCGUAAUACAAAUGGUAACUGUUUUGUAUGGGGUAAUCGUCCACAAAUCAUACGAGCUAAAUAUUAUCUACUCAAUGGUAAGAAAUCGGAAAGUUUAUUAUUGGUCAGUGGUUAUUGGAGUAUUUCUCGACAUUUUCAUUAUAUACCUGAAUUAUUGCUGGCAUUUAUUUGGUCAUGUCCAAAUGGUUUUCACUAUGUGUUACCCUAUUUUUAUUUCAUUAUUUUAUUUAUAUUAUUAAUGCAUCGAGCACAUCGUGAUGAUCAAAAAUGUAAAUAUAAAUAUGGACAAUAUUGGUACGAAUAUUGUCAAAAAGUCAAAUAUAGAGUUUGCCCAGGAAUCUAUUAG